CAAAUUUUAACUGGCCGAGCCGACAUAGUAAAUAAUAAUAUGUUACUCUAAUUUCGUGUAGUUUAAUGAAUAAUAACUUUGUAAUAUAAAAUAGAACAGCAACAAAUCCCGAAUAUAUAAGUAAAAAUACUUACGUAAAGAUCAUAAAGAUGCCUAGUCAAGAAGUAGCCACCACGAAAGUAACCACCAAAGUGGUGGUUCAUCCGUUAGUGUUGCUCAGUGUCGUGGACCAUUUUAACCGCAUGAGUAAAAUCGGGAAUCAGAAACGAGUAGUCGGUGUUCUAUUGGGUUGUUGGAGAGCCAAGGGUGUCUUAGACGUAUCGAACAGCUUCGCAGUCCCGUUUGAUGAAGACGACAAAGACAAAUCUGUCUGGUUCCUUGACCAUGAUUACUUAGAGAACAUGUAUGGUAUGUUCAAAAAGGUUAACGCCAGGGAAAAAGUUGUUGGCUGGUACCACACUGGACCUAAACUUCAUCAGAAUGACAUAGCAAUAAAUGAGUUAAUUAGGCGUUAUUGCCCAAAUUCAGUGCUUGUAAUUAUUGAUGCUAAACCUAAAGAUCUUGGUCUACCGACUGAAGCUUACCAAGCAGUAGAGGAAGUACACGAUGAUGGUACACCAACUUCGAGGACCUUUGAACAUGUUCCAAGUGAAAUUGGUGCAGAGGAGGCUGAAGAAGUGGGAGUAGAGCAUUUGUUAAGAGAUAUCAAGGAUACCACUGUGGGCAGUCUUUCACAGCGUAUCACUAACCAGUUGCUCGGCUUAAAAGGUCUUCACUCACAAUUGACAGAAAUUAGAGAUUACCUUGUUCAGGUUGGGCAGGGCUCCUUGCCAAUGAACCACCAGAUUAUUUACCAGUUGCAAGACAUCUUCAAUUUGCUGCCAGAUAUUGCUAAUGAUAAUUUCAUUGAUAAUUUGUAUGUCAAAACCAAUGAUCAAUCACUUGUGGUAUAUUUAGCUGCUUUAGUGAGAUCCAUAAUAGCAUUACACAAUUUGAUCAACAAUAAAAUUACAAAUAGAGAUGCAGAGGAAGGAAAGAAAGAUGAGAAAGAUAAAAAAGAAAAAAAAGAUGAAAAAGAUGAUAAAAAAACAGAUGAAAAGGCAAAAGUAGAGAAGAAAGAUAAAGAAGAGAAGAAAAAAUAGUUUAUAUAAAUUAACUUAAGUUUUUAUUUCUCUAUUAUGAAUAAAUUUCAAUAAAGUUCUUUUUCUUUCUUUGUUCAAUGCUCCAAGGUUCUUAAUGUCAUCUGAGUUUUGCACUUUUGUUUUCUCUAUUUUAUUAAAAUAAGUAACUUUAUUUUUCCCUGGACAUGUGCAUGUAAAUUUUUAAAAAAUUAAGUAAUCUGUUUAGAUAUUUAUAUGCAAGAGCAACCAAAUAACAUUAUAUUUCUCUAAAGCUGCAAUUCCAGACGCUUUGAUGUAGUAAUUAGCUAUUGUGAAGAUAAAAUAAAUAACAUUCAUCCUUU